GAGCACUGGUGGUGGGACACCAAGACCUCCAACGACGGUGGCGCCGUCAACGAUCCGGAGAUGCGCCAGUUCUACGCCUCCUGCCUGCAGCGAGGUGUUUUGACGCCGGAACCCAGAUGGCGCCUCGUGGUUCACAACGUGGCAACGGCCGGGUCGAAAGGUGCGGUCCGCAUUCUACAGCAGUUGCGGCCAUAUGGCCGAUCCGAG